UCCAAUCCAAACCCCAAAAUUCCUCUCCUUUUGUCUUCCCUUCCAAAAACCCUAACUCCAAUUCCUAAUUAUUUCUAAUAUCCCACUUUUUUUUCCCUUUUCACUCUACGGUUUUCUUAAAAAAAUCUUUUGUUUUUAAAAUUAAGUAAAGAUGUAGGAUUCUUCAAGAAUCAAAUUUUUGAGGGAUGGAAAACAUGGAUAUUACUCAAGAAAUCGACGAUUACAUAAAGAACAAUAGAAGAUUCCUUAGGUCUUCAAAUCUCCACCCAGUCUUUGCAAUUGAAACUCCGUUCCUCCGUAGAAGCCCAGCGUCGUCUCCGUGACCAGUGCCUGUUUCUUCUCUGAAAACUGAAAGAGAAAGAUCAAAUUAUUGAGCGAUCAAAGGUCGGGCAACUCGAAAAUUAAAAAAAAAAAAAGUAAUAUUUGAAUGUUUUUAUAUUCAGAAUGUGAAGGUAUUGACAUUUUUAUUGAUUUUUUGAAGGCGGGAGCGAAUAUGAAUGCGGUGGCAUUGAAGAGAUUCGUGGAGGAGAAUCAGAAGCUUGCAGCGGAGUGUGUGAAUUUAUUGACUCACUGUAACAUAUGGGAAAGAGAGAGUUCGCUUUAUGAUGUAACAAAUGGGAGGCGUUGAUGGAUUAUGGGAAUGAGGCUGAUGAGAGGGCAAAGGAAGCUGAGAUUAGGGUUCAUGAGUUGGAAGAGGAGCUGGGGAAGUUAAGUGAAGAAUUAAAGUUCUACAAACAUGGUUACGAGAGCCAAGGGGUUGAGGCCUUCAACUCAAAAAGUUUUGUCACUGGCUGCUGAACUAAAGACCCAUGAGAAAGACAAGGAACAUCUCAGGAUGAACCUUAGUAAAGCUGAAGAAGAGGUCAAAGUUAUCUUUGAAGAAAACAACAUAUUGGAUGAGGAGAACAAAAGACUGUUGAGGCAAUACCACAAAGAAAAGAACCUCCAUGGUUCUGGCGGAAAGCAUACUGGUAAUGCAUCUGCAAAGACAAACAAGCGAAAAUCAAGUCCCAAGAUAUGCAGCCCAAUUGAGAAGAAGAUUGACUUUACUGAUCCAGAUUCAGCAAGGAAGUGGAUUGGUUAUUCUUUGUAUCAAUGAUGGUGUUAGAAGUGGAUUUACAGAUAGCUUUCCUGAAGCUACGGUGUGUAUAGUUUUGUCACUAAUAACUUACUUUCAAGCACCAGAAGGAAAAUCAUUUUUUAAAAAGUAAUUUUCAUAUUUUGCUUUUCUUAGCAUGGUCCUAACUGGAGACUACUAAAUUUGUAAAGGGUUAAACAUCUAAAUUUAUAAAGGUCCAGGUCCAGCCAUAAAAUGUAUGGAGUGGGAUCUUUCGGUCGGACUCUCAAUUGGAGACUGUCACUCAUUGAAUUUGAAGUGCGCGGUUUGGUUGUCUAUAUUCCACCCUUCGACCACCUCGUUCUGUUCCUAUGCGUAGUCGUAGAUAGUUUCGUUUGUGAUAGUUACUCAGAUUGUUUUGCUUCCCAAAAUAUCGAUUUGUCUUGUCUCCUUAUCCACCUCUCACUCUCAGAAAACCUCAAAGAAACUCUUUCAAACCUCCAAACUCUUAAACUGAUGUACUAUUCUUUCUUCUAAUGGCUCUGCUUCGCCUUCCCCACCAAUCUUCUGUCUUCUCCCUCCAACAUAAACCUCAAAUUCAGUCUAACUUUGAACUCCAUCAAAAACGUCUCUUCAACUUGUUUUCUCCCUCCAUUCUCUCCUCUGACUAAUACCUUUCCCUUGAAAGCUACAAGAUUUAGCAAUUUCGUCCUCCAUUUUUCUGCCACUACACAAGACCCAGUUCUAAAAGUUGAAGAACAAGAAGGAGAGUUUUUUCAAAAACUAGAUUGAUUGCCCAGAACGUGCCUUGGACUUGAACCACUGAAGACAUUCGUUCUUUGUUCGUGAAACACGGCACAGUCUUAGAUGUUGAGAUUUUUGUCAACAAUUUUCUCUUGGAUUCUCUUUGUUUUAAGAAUUUAUUUUUUUUUUAGGUUAAAUUUGGGUUUUGGUUUAUGGCUGAU